AUGACAACUUGUCCUUGUCAGAAGAAAUGGAAUUGCAGUUUCUGUCUGAUGAGCUUCAGUUGGCCAUCACAGACCGUGCUGAAACCCCCAGGCUUGAUGAUAUCUACCAAGUGAAUCAUGGACAAAACUGUGUUCCUGCAGCAAUGUUUGUUACCACAGAGCCUUCUCCAGGAUCAGCAGUUAACCACAGACUAAUAAUGAGAUGGAGUCCUGAGCUCCAGGAGCGUUUUCUUGAGGCCGUGAACAAGCUUGAAGGGCCUGAAAAGGCAACUCCUAAGGCUGUUAUGAAGCUGAUGAAUGUUGAGAGUUUGACCAUCUAUCAAGUGAAAAGCCACUUGCAGAAGUAUAGACUAGCCAAGUAUAUGCCAGAGAGAAAACAAGAGAAGAAAAAUGGUAACUCAGAAGAGAAGAAACCAGCUUUGAAUACCAAUGAAUCAAAAGGUAGAAAGAAAGGAGCCAUACAGUUAACAGAAGCUCUACGUAUGCAGAUGGAAGUACAGAAGCAAUUGCAUGAACAGCUUGAGGUAGAGAGGUCACUUCAACUACGGAUAGAAAAACAUCCUAAGUGCUUGGAGAAGAUCUUGGAAGAACAACACAAAUCUCAUAAAACCGAUGCAUCUGAAGCUAAAUGUGAAACUUCUCGAAAACGUCCAAGACUUGAAAACAGAACAUCCUUAUAGGUAAUAAGUAGUAAACCUUCAGGUCUAUUUUUGUGUACUUGUGUUUACUAUAUGAUCCAAUGAAAGAAGUAUAUUGCC